AUGCCUGCAUUAUUCAUAGAAGCCUGGCUAACAUACAAGGAUGAGGCAACCUUUAAAGAUGGACAACCUAUACUUGACAACUAUAUAUGUUUAAUCCUUAGAAAUAGGCCUGGUGUAUGUUAUGCACAUAUGGCUAAAGAAUCAAGUACAUUAACUGCACAUGAAAUAGCUGUUUACGACAGUGUUGAAACUUUCCUGGAUCAUGUAGAGGUUGAUACCAAAACUGAGGAAGGGAAACUUGCUCUGUCGAUGAUAUCCAAGAUUACUGUACAAAUAACAGGUGAUUCUUCUGAGAAGCUAAAGAAGGCUGUAGAACCAUACAAAGGUGAACUUGUCCGUGCACUAACAAAGGGUUAUAUACUUCAUGAAGAUGCACUCUGGUGUGAUCCAGCUACAGAUGGCAAACCAUUGAGGCUUCAUCUUGUGAUACUCACAGAUCAACAGGAGCAAGUCCUUGAGAAGUUAGAUGCCCUGGUGACUUCUACCAACAAUGGUGUUGUAACACUUGCUAUUCAAGCAUUUGAUGAUGAACAGAAAGGCAUGGUUGUUGAAGUACAUGAAGUCUGUUCAAGCAAUGCUGCAUUGGCAAAGCAUAUAAGCAGUGAUGGUGUUCAAAGUGCUAUAACUUACAUCAAGGCUAUAGCAAACGAAAUGCAGUGCAUAAUGUAUGGUGAUGUUCUUGAGGAGACAAUCGGCAGACUUAAUGGCCUGGGGUUGAAUGCUAAACAAGGAGAAACAUAUUGUGGGAAACUGAUUAAUCCACAAUAUUUAUCAUCAUAUCAGAAAUAAUGAUACUUUAUUAUAAAUAGUACUGUGGGUACUGGGCUCACAUGAACAUUUAAUUUUUUUUGAAAAUGUGACUUCUAGUUUGGGGAGCUUCCCAAUAGACCCUAUGUUAUAAAAUCACAAUAAGUGAUAUAUCUUUUCUUGUAUUUGACAGGUAACAUUUACUUUUACUGGACAUAUUUUAAUUUGCAUAACUAUUAGAUAUAAGGGAGAUAUGAAAAUUGAACCACUAAAACAGAUAAAUAUUUUAGUUAAAGGGAAUUUUCUACUAUACUCGCCAUGCUAUCUGACCCGAACAAGCCACCUGGUGGUGGAACUGGUAACUACCUAACUCUCAUCUAAAUUAUUAGUGGAACUACAGUAUAGGCUCUUGGUUCAGAACAAUCAAGCCAUUGACACGACAAAAUGUCACCACCUUGUAAGUUAUUACAAAUUGUUACAGACACAGAACGAAACCAAACUCCAACCACUGAACUCUGAAUGCCGAACACCAUCCACAAAAAAGAUGUAGACUAUAACAAACAUACAUGUACAUCCAUAUUUUCACACAUUUUGAUCCUUUAACAUACACAAACACAAUUUGUUUCUAAAAUCUGAAAAUGGUAGUAAGCUAGUAUGUCAUGGGCUGGUCAAGUAUACAAUUAUGGCAGCAAAUUUUAAUCAAGUGACAUAAGUGAUUGAAAGUGUAACUUAUUCUGAAAAUUCACUGUUUUGUUCAAUGACAUUUCUAUCCUUUUGUAUUGCAGUAUGUGGAUUUUAGAGACAAAAAAUAAACUUCAUGUAUGUAUUAUAAAAUAU